UUCUUGGUCUACAGAAUGGCUUAAAUAUUUAAGCUGGACCACAACCAUGCUAUUAUAGAGCUAUUUCAUUUUUUUAAUGGAAUGAAAAACUAAUAAGAUACUAUUAUUUUCAAAACCAAAUUCAUUAUAAGUUGAGUUGUGUGAUUCAAUAUGUGUGGUAUUUUUAUGUAAAUAUAUGAUAUAGGUAUCAGAUACAUAUUAUUAUGUAUGUUAAGUAUAUUUUAGUGGCCUCACAUUUCGAUGAGUAUUCAACCAUGAUAAAAUAUAUUAACACUUAUAAGCUAUUUUUAUUCUAAUGAAUACCUAUAGAGGUAACUAUCUAAUAAAUUAAUCAUAAUGUCACAAUUAUCAUUGAAUGUGCAUCAUUCACAGUCCUCGUUUAUUGUAUACCCAACAUAUAUUAUAGUGGCUUUAGUUCAGUAUUUCUUGUGAAAAAUAUUGAUAAUAUGAAAUUUGUAUUGAAAUGUAUUUUGUGUCAUGAUCAAAAAGACCGCGAGAAUGCUUGGAAUGAAGCCAAGAUUCAUCAACUUUUACAAAGUAGUGGAAACAAAUAUAUUCUUAAUUUAAUUGGAUGUGGAAUGAUUGAAAAAUCAUUAGAAUUUUCAAAAACACCAACAGAUACAUUUCUUAUGUUAUUACCAUACUACAAAAAUGGAUCAUUACAUGACUAUUUAGUUAAACCUCAUUAUCACAUGGAUUUGAAAUAUAUAUUAAAAAACUUUCGAUUAAUUUGUUUGAGUGUGAAAACAUUUCAUGAUCUAUCUUAUUCGCAUAGAGAUAUAAAACCUGCAAAUAUAUUAUUUAAUGAUAAUAAUGAACCAGUGAUAAUUGACUUAGGAUCUGCUGCUCCUGCCAAAAUAACAGUUACCUCAAAAAAAGAAGCACAAGAACUUUUGGAUGAAGUGAGUGAAAGAUGUUCAAUGACAUAUAGAGCUCCAGAAUUGUUUAAUAUAGAUAUUAAUUCUGUUAUUGAUGAACGAAUCGAUAUCUGGUCCUUAGGAUGUUUACUGUAUGCAAUGCUUUAUAAAAAGUCUCCUUUUGACUUGGUUUAUGAACGAGGAGAUUCUGUUGCUUUGGCUGUGAUAAGUGGAAAAAUAUUUUUUCCUCCAAAUUCUAAUGAAAGUGUCAACAGUUUGAUAAAGAAAAUGCUAACAGUAGAUCAUUUCAAAAGACCAUUUAUAGAUGAUGUAUUAGAAUCAGUCAAAGUUAUUGAUGAAUUUGAUCAGGAUAUUAAUGAACAUAACAUUUUAUACUCGAAUAAUUGUAUUGUUUAGAAAUUAUAAUAAAUAUGAUAUUAUAAAUAUAUAUGAUAAAUUCAAUUGUCUUUACUGUAAUCUGUUAGUAAUAUCACUUAUAUUUUUACAAAUAUAUUAGCUAAAACAGUUAUUUUAAUUUUA